AUGCAAACUCUUCUUAUGGGCACGCGGGCUCUUUACUUCCACCAGGGCACCAUAGGCAACUACCAGAUCGCUCCGCUAGACGACCAGACAACGCCAUACGCAGCAUACGCGAUCUAUCAGGACGGCGCUCCGUCCAGAAUACUUUUGUACAAUUCGGAAUACUACACUAAUGGCACACGCCCGUCCCAGACCUUCACGGUGAACGGACUGACCUCCUCCAGUGUCACCGCAAAGCGGCUAACAGCGCCCUACUCCACUUCUAGAGUCGACCAGGGCCAGGUUCCUACCGUUGCCGGCCAAACCUUUGCAAACGAAACAUGUGUGAUCCAGGGUGACGAAGUCAUAGAGACUAGCACCGUGUCUUCCGGUUCAGCCACAUUCACGCUCAGCGCCUCAGAAGCUUUGCUUGUCUAUCUCUAG